AUGGGUAUUAAGCACCUCUUCCAGAUUAUCAAGGAGGAGGCUCCUGAUGCCAUCAAGGAGGGGGACAUUAAGGCGCACUUUGGCCGCAAGGUCGCUAUUGACGCGUCCAUGAGCAUCUACUCUUUCCUCAUCGCCGUACGCUCCGAAGGCCAGCAGCUCACGAACGAGAGUGGGGAGACGACUUCACAUCUCAUGGGUCUUUUCUACCGAACCCUCCGAAUGGUCGACAACGGCAUCAAGCCCCUCUACGUCUUCGACGGCGCCCCGCCCAAGCUUAAAUCUGGCGAGCUGGCCAAGCGAUUCCAGAGAAAGCAAGAAGCUACUGUGGGCCUCGAGGAGGCAAAAGAGACGGGUACCGCCGAAGAUGUUGAGAAAUUCUCCCGCCGGACGGUGCGAGUCACCCGCGAGCACAACGCCGACUGCCAGAAGCUACUUAAGCUUAUGGGAAUUCCCUACAUCGUUGCUCCCACCGAAGCUGAGGCCCAGUGUGCUGUCUUGGCACGUGCCGGCAAGGUGUACGCUGCAGCCAGCGAGGACAUGGAUACCCUCACGUUCGAUACACCCAUUCUCCUGCGCCACUUGACCUUCAGCGAGGCGCGCAAGGAGCCCAUCCAAGAAGUUCACAUUGAUAAGGUGCUCGCUGGCCUCGGCAUGGAGCGCAAGCAGUUCGUCGACUUUUGCAUCCUCCUUGGCUGCGACUACCUCGAUCCCAUUCCCAAGAUCGGCCCUUCGACAGCGCUGAAACUGAUACGCGAGCACGGCGACCUGGAGACGCUUGUCGAGGCAUUCAAGAACGACCCGAAGCAGAAGUAUGUGGUCCCCGACGAUUGGCCGUACCAGGACGCACGCGAGCUCUUCCUUAACCCCGACGUACGGCCGGCGGACGACCCGCUGUGCGACUUCAAGUGGGAGAAGCCCGACAUGGACGGCCUGGUGCAAUACCUCGUCAUGGAGAAGGGCUUCUCGGAGGACCGCGUGCGGUCGGCGGGUGCUAGGCUGGAGAAGAACCUGAAGAGCAGUCAGCAGGUCCGGCUGGAUGGCUUCUUCAAGGUGAUCCCCAAGACGGAGGAGGAGAAAGCGUCGGCCAAGCGCAAGUUGGACGCCAAGAACGAGGAAAAGAAGAAGAAACUAAAGGUUGAGAAGAAGCAGAAGGCGGCGGCCAAGGCUAAGCCUCGCGGGGCCUAG